AUAGGGGAAGGGCAGAGGCGCAGUGCACUGUGCAACUAACCCUAAUUGCUCGGAAGUUUUUUGCAGCGGAUUCUCUCUUGCAGCGUCACUACAUCUCCGGCUCCUAUUCUCCCGCGCUUCUUGCGGGAUUCCGUGUUUCUUACAAGAUUCAUUGAGGGUUGAAUCGAGAAUUUCGAUUAGGGUUCUUGUAUUUCCGCCGAUAGGCUCGGUGUUUCUUUCAGAUUGUUCUUGGAGAUUGAAGUUUCUGGUCGGAUUCAGACGAAUAGCUUGAUGGAGGAUUGGGAAGAUGAAGCAAUUCCUGAUCUUCUGAAAAAGGAGCAGCCAAAGAAUAAUUGGGAUGAUGAAGAUUUGGAUGAUGAUAAUGUGAAGGAUUCUUGGGAAGAUGAAGAUGAGCCUGCACCAGCUCCGGCUCCUGAACCCAAGGCUGAGCCCCCGCCUCCUGUAAAGUCUCCUAAUAAGCCUGUAGCAAAGUCGUCUGAAAAGAAAGAGAAAGUUGAACCUAGAAAGGAUGCGGUCUUAGAUCCCAUAGAAGAAAAAUUUCGCCAGCAGAGGCUGGUGGAAGAAGCAGAUUUAAAGACUGCUGCAGAAUUGUUUGGUAAGAGAGGUGAUGAAAAGACCCUCGACAAUUUUAUUCCCAAAACUGAGAGUGACUUUGCAGAAUAUGCUGAGCUCAUCUCUCAUAAACUUCGCCCAUAUGAGAAAAGCUUUCACUACAUUGCAUUGUUGAAGGCUGUAAUGAGGUUAUCGAUGACUUCCUUGAAAGGUGCAGAUGCCAAAGAAGUUGCUUCAUCCAUUACGGCAAUUGCUAAUGAAAAGAUCAAAGCAGAAAAGGAAGCUAAUGCUGGCAAAAAGAAGACAGUUGGAAAGAAAAAACAACUCCAUGUUGGCAAGCCCGAUGAUGAUGUAGCUGUUGACACCUAUAACGAUUACGAUGAUUAUGAUUUUAUGUGAGCUUCUCACACAGGUAUGAUUCGGGUAUGUACCCUUUACAAGAGUCUGAAUAUACAAGAAGUUUCUCGUCCUUUUCUCUCCUUAAUUUGGAGAUGAGGUGUAAUAUGCUUGUCAUUUUGUGGAAUAAGGAAUGUAGUAGAGUUUUAGCCUUGGUUUUGUAUCUGUAAUCCUUUUUUCAUCGUUUGAAUUGCAUUUGCGGAGCUUUUCAUUUUCUUAGGCAUUUAAAGAUGCUACGAUUGUUUUACUAUGAUCAUGAUGUACUUGAGGCAUUAAAGCGUAAGAAUACAGAGGUCAAUGAACAAGUUGUGAAAUUCUUCGGACCUUUUGUAUCAAUCUUGAAUAGUAGUUGUUGGUUUGUC